CAAAUAUGUGUUAUCAUCAACGCUUGUGUGUUUGGCAGCCAGCUUCAGAGCUUCACAUUGCCCCAAUGGCAGCAUGCGACAGAAGACAACUUCUUGCUGCGCGCCGUGCUGGCAGUUGUUCAGAGGCCGAGAUCCUACCCAAAACGCGCACUGUGCACGAAUUGUUACAGAGCCAACGUGACUUGGUGGUGGGCUGUGAGCCCUUGGCUACCAAAAAAGUUGCAGCUACGAAUCCGGACCAUGCUAAGGGGAUGCAUACUCCGCCGCGACAAAGCACUCGGAAGAUGAUAAGCGGAGUGACUACUACUCUUGCAGAGACUCCUGAAAAACCGAGGCAUCCCAGGCACCACUCUCAGACUCAGCAAACCCAUCAGAAAAGCAGUUGGCCCGAUGACUUUCCCAAGAACGUGCACCAGCAAAGUCAGAUGAAUGCAGACGCUAUGGAGUUCAUGCCUGGAUCUUGCGUCAUGCCUCCGUUUAUACCAUCGGUGAACCACAAGUUUUGGGUUCCAUCUAUGCCUGUGCCUAUGCCUAUGCCACCAAUGCUUUGCUCUAUGGAGAUGCACGGAACAGCAUUGGAUGAGAUAUCCGGUCCGCUGGGCAUGGACAAUGUCUGGGAGCUAUCUACUCUGUCAACUUAUUUGACUGCAUCAGAGUCUUCUCCAAAAGACGAGGUGGUAGACGAUGACACGGUGGAAGAUUUGGCUGAAGGGCGUUUGCUGAAGCUGACUUCUUGCUUGCUCAGGAUUUUGAUGCAACCUUCAGUUUUGCAGACAUCAGACUUGAUGAAGAUCAUCGAACAUCAACUAGGAGAAGUUCAUGGAUCUGGCCCUUGGCUUCAACGUGACUUGAAAAAGGUCUGUUUCAGCUGUUCGGAUCUGGCUUUGUUGGACACCAGACUCUGUGCGUUGCUGCAGAGGCUCCCGCCUGAGGUUUUGCUGAAACUUCCAAAGCAAUGCAAGCUGAAUCUCAGCUGGGACCACACUGGGACAAAGUGGAGCUUCAAGGAGCCACCUGAGCUUCGCAGACUUAUUCGAAAACAGACUUCCAGAUCUUCCAGCCACUUCACCAUUACAUCUCAAAGGUUCUGCAUGUCAGUACAGCUGGACCAAAUAAGGUUGAAAGGUGGAGUAGCAUGUCUUCAUGGCUUGGAUUCAACCAAUCCGGAAGUGGCAGCUACCCUUACCGGGAAGGGGUAUGGUAGAUGCUGCGCACAGGGGGAUACCGAAGCCACCACGAUCAUUUGGGACAGAGGCCUUUGGACUUUCUGUGGAAGUCACGAGAGUGGUUCCUUCCUGGCCGUGGAUCUAAAGUCAAAAGAGAAGGUUGUCCGAGUGGCUGGCAUCAGGCCGAGCCUUGAGCACUGCUGCGACGCCAGCUUUGGUGACUUUCUUCGGGACGAUUGCUUGCCUGUGGUGGUUUGUGCAGACCUGUCCCUUGUUGGUGGGACUUCAUCUGCUGGACUUGUGCCUGUGCUUUUGGGUCUUCACUCCGCCAUGUUCGAGAUUCUCGGGCACGAAGUUUCAGUGCCACAGCCAGGCACAGGUGCCUUUCCGCAACCAAGUGGAAUCUUUUUCCGAGGUGUAGCCCCUGUAGCAGCUCUCUCAGGCUACACUGAAGGAUACCUUGCAACUUGCGAUCCCGGCAUGCUGAAUUUUCAGACGAACUUUCCGGAAGGGCAAGCAUUUCUUCUGGCUGAGUUCAGCUGGGGUGCAAGUGAACCUAACACUCUUGGGGGUUGAGGCCUUCAACCCCUGACGCAUUCUGCUUGCAAGAUCGCAAUGUAAUGGCAGGAUUAAUUGCGAUGAGAGUUCUUGUGGAGCAGAGCUGAGAGGCUUCUGAGGCCAGUAGAACCAUGCAUAUUCAUGGAAACUCAGGUUUCACUUACCUAGACUCGUACAGAGGAAUGUGCCACCUGCUGCUGAGGGAAGGGCCAGUGUGCGUCUCCUUGUC